UGCCAACCCCGUAUUUAGGACUACCUGCCAUGGAAGACGACAUUGAGUUUUGGAGGGAAGAAGCACUUGAUAUUCUUUCUGAAGUUCCUUUAAUUGACGGACAUAAUGACUGGCCACAUUUGAUUCGCGGAUUUUAUGACAAUAAACUGGACGAGCGAUUCCAGUCUCACAAGGAUCUUGGAGGCCAUGUAGACCUUAAAAGGCUGGUUGAAGGAAAAUCCGGCGGAGCUUUCUGGAGUGUUUAUGUCGACUGUCCCAACGAGGACAAUUUCAAAGAUGACUCUAUACACUUCGAAGCCGUACGCGAUACGAUGCAGCAAAUCGAUCUAGUUCACCGAGUCCAUGACUUGUAUCCCGAGAGAAUGGGGAUAGUGUAUAAGGCAGAGGAUGUCCUAGAGCUUUUUAAAGAACAGAAAUUUGCAAGUUUGAUUGGUGUAGAGGGUCUGCAUCAAAUCGCAAACAGCGCCAGUGUUUUACGCCUCUAUCACAAGCUCGGCGUCCGUUACGUUACUCUGGCACACAACAAAAACAAUCUUUAUGCAGACAGCGCGACAUCAAAUACUCCAGCUCAUAACGGCCUGUCGUCACAAGGUGUGGCAAUGAUUCAAGAAAUGAAUCGUAUCGGAAUGAUAAUUGAUCUAUCUCAUACAAGCGACGAUGUGAUGCAUGCGGUUUUGGAGAAAUCCAAAGCGCCCGUCAUAUUCUCUCAUUCAUCGAGUUCUGCACUCGUACCAAGCAAUCGCAACGUAACAGAUGCCGUGCUUGCCAAACUAAAAGACAACAACGGCGUGAUCAUGAUCUCUUUUAUUCCCUCCCUAACCCACUCCGACUCGAAAGCCGCGACGAUAAACCAUGUCGUGGACCAUAUAUGUCAUGUCGCCAACCAAAUUGGAUAUUCUCACAUUGGUCUAGGCUCAGAUUAUGACGGGAUGGUUUGCGCGGUCAAAGGUCUCGAGGAUGUGUCGAAAUACCCAGCCUUGGUAGCCUCGAUGCUGGCUAGAGGGAUUGCACGAGAGGAUAUAAAGAAGGUCUUGGGUUUCAAUAUUAUUCGGGUACUGACAGACGUUGAAAACGUGUCAAGGGCGCACAAGAACAAGCUGCCGGUGUUGGAAGAUGAGGUAAAGCAACUCUGGAAUGACAAUUUGCGAGCGUUUGUAAGGCAGGUGUACCCAAACGCAGAGAGAGACAAUCGAGUAUGAAAAGCAGUUAUUGCAAACAUUGCUCAACGACCGUCGCCCCGUCCCCAAAGGUGGCAAUGAACAUAGUCGUGGUAUAUCCACAUAGUCCAUAGCAGGCAAUCAAAUAUUAUUAGGAAC